AUGCGCACCAGAAGGACUCGCGGGAGCGAGAUGGAGACACGGGGUCCAUCCUUAGCGCGACAGAGACGGCCGACGCGCAGCGGACCCGGCACCCUGAGCUUCACAGAUCCCUUCGGGCCUCCCCAGUCGUCGGACGGGGGGGGCCCGUCGACGCCGCAGCCCGCGAUGACCACCCAGGAGGCGUUGGAGCACCAGCACCACCACCUCGGCGGCACCCAGACCCCCCACGACAUCUCGAACUCGGCGAACUCGACGCCUACCAACGUGUCGUCCAAGUCCGCCUUCAUCGAGCUGCAGCAGCACGGCUACGGCCCGUUCAAGGGCGGCUACCAGCACCCCCACCACUUCGGCAGCCCCGGGGGGCAGCAGAACCCCCACGAGGCAUCCGGCUUCCCCAGCCCCAGGUCCUUGGGAUACCCCUUCCCUCCAAUGCACCAGAACACGUACGGCUAUCACUUAGGCUCCUACGCUCCACAAUGUGCCAGUCCACCAAAAGACGAGAAAUGUGGGCUAUCGGACGACCCAGGGCUCAGGGUGAACGGGAAAGGGAAGAAGAUGCGGAAGCCGAGGACGAUAUACUCGAGCCUGCAGCUGCAGCAGUUGAACAGGAGGUUCCAGAGGACGCAGUACCUCGCGCUGCCCGAGAGGGCGGAGCUCGCCGCCAGCUUGGGGCUAACUCAGACGCAGAACGAAAUGAUGAUGGAUGGCCGUCACGAGGAGACCGGCGUGGGU